AUGACGGAAGAUGAAAGGAUAACUGGCGCCGCCACUGCGGAAAAAGAACCGGUCGCCCUCAUCUCUAUCGAUGAGAAUGUUCAAGCGGAUGUCUCUGAUAAUCUUCCCGCUGAGUCGGUCGGCGAUGCCAAAUCUCCACAUCCGGUAGAGCAGGCCGCACCAAAUGCCCCCCAACCAGAACAUCCUCCUUCUGUCCCUAUUCAGGUCAUAUCGUCCCUAGAAGAUCAUUCGGAAUAUUCUGCAGACCGCGGAGACCGCCUCCCUACACCCUCACCGAUAGUAUCGACAUCGACCUCUGCUGUUGGACAUUCCCUUGGGCCUUCUUCCGCACAACAAGAUCAUCCGAAUGCUCUCGUACCAGAGGAUACGAGCAAUGAUCUGCAGGCAACGGAGAUGGCUGUUGCCCCGGAGGUUGAGGAGCAUCCACCUAACGAAGAUGAUCAUUCAAAGAAUGUCGAAAUGAGUGACAAUAGAGCAGAGGAGAUGGCUGUCGAUGUCCAACAAGCUGUGCCGCCUGAGUCUCAAUUCGAAUUCGUUUCACAAGUGUCUGGCUUUACAGCGAUGAACGUUGACCGGUCAUCAGUCUCACAGACUGUCCCAUCUCAGGGAGAUUCCGAGACCAAUUUCACAACCGUACGGUCUAAUGAGGAUCAGACAAAAUUAACUGACGUUGAAGUUGUUCAGCCUGACACCACUAGUAUUUCCGGGGAUGAAGACCAAGAAGAAAGGGACGAGGUAGAGGUGGAGGAACAAAGGGAGGCGGACGACGAGGACGAAGAGGAGGAGGAAGGGGAAGAGGAAGAAGAGGAGCUAGAAGAGCUCGAAGAUGACGAACACGAAGUAGGCGACGAGGCGGACGCCGAACAGGAAGAAGCGAUGGAUGAAAAACACCAAGAAAAUGAAGUAAUCUCCAUCGUUUCAGAUGAGACUUCGGAGGCGAACGACGCUGAGACCAGCGCAAUCAAUGUCGAAAAGCAAGCGGAGCUCGACGAAGAAAGUGAUGAAGACGAUAGAAGUGAUCAGUUAGGGAAUGUGCCGAGGGAGACUUACGAUGUCACUGAUGCCAGCGAAUAUGACGAAGACGAAGAUGACGAACAUGAAGAGCAAUAUGACGAAGACGUGUCUGAAGACGAGUACGAGUCGGAGGAAGAUGUGUCCGAGGCUGAAUCUGACCAGGAGGACGAGGGCGACGUUGUGAGACCUCAACAACAGCAACAACCCCAGAGGACUGUGCACCCAGAAGUUAUUGUCAUAGAUAGUGACAGCGAUGAGGAGCCGGCUCCUCCGCCUGCACAAGCGCGUCAGGACGUCCAACCGAACCAACCUAGCGAAGAUAUCCGACUUAGUUCACCGCGUGCGAUGCAACAGGAGUCGGAUUAUCGGUCUACGGAGGAGUCCGAUUCUGAGGACGAAGAAGUGGCUGAAAGCGAGGCCGAACAGGAACUGUCUGAUGACUAUGGACAACAGGAAGAAACGGUAACUUCGGAGGUGGAUGCUAGUUCCGACGCAGAGCCCCGUUCAGAUGAAGAAGAGGACGAGCUUGUCGAGGAAAGCAUGCCAGUCACAGACGACCAUGUUUCUCAAGACGGCGACAAUUAUAUCCCUCCCGAAAAUGAGGAUGGGAAAAGUCAAGCACAGGCUGUGGCCACGGAGUCCUUAGAGGCCGCGAUACACCCCGAGCUACUUGGCACGCAAUCAAGUUUUGGUGUUAAUGAACGUCUUUCGGGUCCCGAGCAAACUAGAGACGAGCAACGCCCUCCGGAGGCAUCUCAGGAUGUGUUUCAUGAUACAAACCAGGCCCCUUCAGACGAAGAGGCAAUGUCGACAUAUCAAGCUACCGAGGAUUCAAAGGAUAAGACCCAUAGCGUAUCCCAUCUAGAAUCGGGCCAGCAACUCAUCAGCCCGGAGCCUACCCAGUUGGAUCAAGUUAAUCGGACAUCGACGCACCAAACUGCUUCCGGGACAUGGAUACCAACACCGCAGGCGACGCAGGAUGCUGAGACGCAUCCUCGCUCACAGGAACCACUAGCCGGUCCGUCAUCCCACGCCGAACAUGCGCCUGAUAAGAUUGAGCCUCUCGAACGGCACACUACAGCUAGCCCAUCUCGACCCCGUUGGACAGACGGUCCUAGCUACUCGCCGUCACCACAGCAGCGCGCUGAAGACAUUCACACCCACCCUGCAGGAAACAGAGAAGAUGGCAACAUUGGUGAUGUCGAUGCUGCGCAAGACAACGUUGAUGAAGCCGUCCAGGUCGAUGAAGACUCUACCCGCGAAAGUGUGGACACUGAAAGGGCGAGUCCUGAAGCCCUCAAGGGCCUUCCUCAGCCAAACCGUCGUGCCACAGGGUUGCGUAGUCGGGUGUCGUAUUUUGCUCCGCUUGCUACUCUUGUUGAUUGGUUUAAUUCUAUGACCGACACCAUCUCCGUCGCUGUUGAAGUCUCCCCCGUAGCGCGUGCUACCUCUGGUCCUCGAGAUUACUAUCUGACGCUGCGGCUCACUGAUCCGUCCAUGGCUGGUACGACGCUUCCUGCGCAAAUUUUCAGAACUAACAAGACUGCACUUCCUGCCGUCUCGGAAGGUGACGUGAUCCUGCUUCGCAACUUCAAGGUUCAGAGCUUUAACCACUCCAUGAUGCUUCUCAGCACUGAUAGCAGCGCGUGGGCGGUAUUCCACGGUGACGCUGAAGAGCCUCGUGUGACAGGCCCGCCAGUGGAGUAUGGUCCUGAGGAGCGCACCUACGUGGCGGAUCUGCAGAAUUGGUAUUGCAAGGAUGGGGCUGCCAUGGUCGCGGAUUACAUGUUGCAGUCGUCUAUCGAUCGAGGCAUCAUGGAGGAGUCUUCCUCUAGUGUCGCCCCUAGCGAGGUCGGUAGCAUCGAUUCCUCACUACGCGGUUCGUCUUCUGUACAACGCUCACGGCGAGGGAAAAGGUAUCAUCGGCGAAUCACGAUCCAUGAACUGAGAGAUGGGCGAAAGUAUCCAGAGGUUGGAUCACCCUCUGACAGAGACAGCAUACACGAACUCCGGGAUGGGACGGUGUAUGCGCAUUCCUUCGAGACCGACUAG